AUGGACUCGUCCGAAACGAAUCCCAAGCACGCACAAUGUCUCGAUGCCGAAAGACAAUCCAUCCAACACGGUGACCUAACCUGCCUGGAUGGACUCAACUUUCAGCUAGAGGGCACACGCAAGCUGACCCCCUUACAAACGAUAUCCGCUAGCUGGAUUAUAUGUGACAGCUGGGCAGGUGUUGCUGCCACAGUUGCUCUUGCCAUCGUCCAGGGUGGGCCCGUAACUCUGGUUUAUGGCUUAAUUCUGAUCUUCUUUCUGGUCGGUGCUUGUACCCUGACCCUGGCAGAGCUAGCAAGCGCCUAUCCAACAGCUGGCGGGCAGUAUCAUUGGACGAGCGUUUUGGCUCCCAGACCGCUGAGUCGAGCAUUGAGUUACUGUUGUGGUGUCUCCAACAUGCUUGCCUGGAUCGCUAUCUGCACCGGGAUCGCAAUCAUUCCAGCACAACUUAUCCUCGGGAUUGUCCUCUUCUAUGACUCGGAGUAUCAAUCGCAGCCAUGGCACUACUUUCUCAUCUACCAGUCUAUUAAUGGGCUGGUACUAUUGUAUAAUACAACCCUGUUAAAGAAGUCCCUGUGGUUUCAUGACGUAUCCUUCUUUGUGACCCUCACAAGUUUCGUCAUUAUCAUGGUAACUUGUCUUGCUCGCUCAGCCUCUCACUAUCAGCCGUCAGAUACCGUAUGGGCAACCUUUCUCAAUGGUAGCGGAUGGAACUCAGGUGGAGUAGCCUUCCUCACCGGGCUUGUUUCUCCCAAUUACAUGUACGCAGGUAUUGACGGUGCUUUGCACUUGGCGGAAGAGUGCCAGAAUGCAACAACUGCCGUUCCUCGAGCUUUGAUGAGUACCCUAGUUAUUGGCUUUAUCACCUCCUUUGCCUUCAUGGUCACAAUGCUAUAUUGCACUAGUGAUUUGGAUGCUGUGGUAGCCUCAUCCACCGGAGUUCCCAUUUACGAAAUGUGGUAUCAGGCGACACGCUCCCCCUCGGCUGCUACUGUGUUCGUUUGCCUCCUUGUGCUCGCAGCCAUCUUUGCUCUCACUGGUGCUCAGCAAACAGCAUCACGCCUUACCUGGUCGUUGGCGAGAGACCGAGCCCUCAUCGGUAGUCAAUGGAUCGGAGAGUUACACGACAGCCUAGAGGUCCCUGUCUGGGCUCUCAUGUUCAACUAUGCUGUUAUGUUCCUCAUCGGAUGCAUCUACUUAGGCUCAUCAUCUGCAUUCAAUGCCUUUAUCGGGACUGGCUUAGUUCUACAGCACAUUUCGUACGCUUUCCCGGCAGUCAUGUUGCUGUAUCGCUGCCGAUCGGCGAUCUGGCUGCCAGAUGUCCGCCCCUUCCGGUUACCCAGCCUUGUGGGGUGGGCGGCCAAUCUGACCACAGUCUGCUUCGCGGUGUUGGUGUUGAUCUUCUACGACUUUCCGACUGUGAUGCCAGUUACUGGGAGUAACAUGAGUGUUAAGAAUCGAGGGUGUUUCCAGUGUACCAAGCGUCGGAUUGUAUGCGACGGCGCCCACCCGACCUGCUUAAAGUGCCAGAAAAAAGGAAUUGAAUGCUCGGGACUGGGUCGCUUCCGCUUCUCUUCAGGUGUAGCCGCCCGCGGCAAACUAAAGGGAUGUGCGAUUCCCACCACAGUGCCGUCUGAAUCGGAAGGGAAUACCCAGUCACCCACGGGGGUUCCAAGGCCCCAGAAGAUACGAUGGAAGAACGAUGGUCCAAACCGUACCAAGCGGAAGCCAGGCGCAGCAGCCACAAAGGCUAAAACACAUCCGACCGUGGGAGAUGGGAAGAGUCACCAAGCUUGGCUUGAAUCCGCAUCUCAGAACCAAUCCGCAGUUCCUGGUCCCACUGAAAACGAAGUGGCAGCAGAUGCACUAUGUGAAGGCUCUCAAGCUGCGCCACUCCUGUGCCCAGAGGCCGACACGAUCCUGCAGGACCAACUGGAGUGGCAAGGAAGCUUCGAUCACUCCAAUGCGGACGAAGAAGAAUGUUGUAAUGACGAGUCGUCACCAGCUCCAGCCUCGUGCAGCACUAUAAUUCCAUGGAUCCCUUCUUUAGGUCCUCAGGAUCGAAUGUAUCUUUCACAUUUCGCAAGUGAAGUGGCCCCCGUCAUGGUCAUCUUCGAUAAUGUUUCCAAUGGCUACCGGGAUAUUUUCUUACCUCUAGCUUGCGAAGAUGAGGUUCUGCGUGGGGCCAUUCGAGUCGUGGCGGCCCAGCACUUGGCUUUACAACACGCCAGUUUUCAUGAAAUAGCAGAAAUGGGCCGUGCGGCAAUCAUUUCCCGGCUUCGACGCGAUUCCUUACAGGCAUCAUCGGACAGCAUUGUUAAUCUUCGUACGUGGGCAACUUUGAUUGUCCUGCUAGUGGGUGAAACCAUCACAGGCAGUCCCGAGUACUCUCAUCUGCUGCGCACAUUGCUCUCCUUGAUGCCGAGCCUCUGUCAAAUGGAGGCGACUCCAGCUUAUCGCUUUCUUAUACAGCAAACCCACAUGUUUCAAUUUCUCGGACAGCCGUUGCUCAAUGAAACCCAAGGCAUGGAUGCCCUAGGCUUUCACCCUACUCGCUACCUCGACUGGACCGACUAUCAACUUCCCCCCGAGUCGAGGCACAAUAGGGUUCUUUGGGUGGUCCGACAGGCCUUUAUUGAAGCUUCCCAGAUUUAUAUCCUCCGAGCCACUACCAACCUCGACCUAUGGGAUAGACUCGAGAGCUUGAAACAGCUGGUGUCACGCAUCGACCCUGACGAGCAGGGUGCUCAUGCCCUUGUUUGGGUGUGCUUCAUCGCCGCUGCGGAUUCUACUGAUCCCGAGCACCGGCAUUAUUUCACCGAACGGAUGAACCAGGUCUUCGCAAAGACAAAGUUUCAAAAUAUUGUUGCAGCUGUGCGGACGCUACCGGACAUUUGGGCGCAACAGGGCUCCGGGCGCUGGACGUCGAACUUAAUUCAGCUAACCCCCACGCUCAUUAUUCAGUUAGAGACACCAACCGUUGUCAACGCUUUAAAAUCUCCUCGUGACUGCGACAAAUCGCCUUCCAAAAACAUGACAGGAGAACCUUUAGUUGGCCAGAUAACGUGUUAUGGUUACGAAAUUGCCUAUCUCAACUCAGAGAACACGCGGAUGUCAACUCCAGUGCCGACAGUGACCUGUGGAUGGGAGUUACAUGGCACCCGCCCGGGUGAUGGAUCUGGGGCACUGGUGUGGAGUGACAGCCGGGAGCUGCGACGCCUCGGGCCCACUGAUCUCGCGCAGAUGGGAUUACACCAUUGGUUGAACUACCGGGAUGAUCCAAACUGGAGAGAGACUGUCAAACAUUUGACACGCAAUAAGCUUGGUUGCCAAUGGGUGAUCGAAGUGGGCAGUCCUCAGGCCAUCAAGCAAUCGUUCAAGUGUGUUGCCCGUGGCGGAGAAAUUGGUAUUGUCGGUUGUUUGACCGGGCAAGGACUCGUCGAGGAUGGUCCGACGUUUUUGGAGCCGCGUAAUUCGAGCCUCGGAGCUUAA